AUGGCAACACCGCUUACAAGGAUCUUCCUGGCGGACAUCGAGGCAAGCGACCUCUGUCCCAGGGAGCAUGAGCUUGGCACAUGCAACUCAGAACUUACGAUCAUGCUGGUGGAUGCCGACCCCCUUCAACCGCGCGCGGGAGCCCCGUUCUGUUUCGGUUAUGUGCGGCUCAAAGAGGAUCUUGCGCCUUUGGCCUAUCAGCACCGGCUCUCCUUCCGACAGAGCCUUGAAGGGGCUCCCGGCCGGUACGGGGUGCUGAGCUUUCAGGUUUGCAGUGUCGCCGUCGUCGCAGGUCCGCCACCGGUGCCGGAAGAUGCGGAUUUGCCCGACCUGUCUCACCCUCUGGACUGGUGUGGAGUGUUACGUUUUUCUCCGGAGAUCAGGGAUAUGCCUCGAGGCAACUGCGGUCUGUGGUCUGUUGAAGCUGCUGCAGGACCUCCUGAUGACCGAGGGCGGCUGUGCCCUUCCUUCAAUUUCGUGAGCUGGCACGUCCAAGAGGAGGAGGGAGUGGGGAAUCAUCGUAUGUGGAUGCAUUGGCGACAUAAGCAAUUGUUCGUGGUGGAAAGAGAUCUCCUCUUCAGCAUUCGUGCGACAUCUCGGGAGGUGGGCUGGGAAGGAAGCUGCAUCCAACGUCUUUCAAAGAUGAGGGGCCCAAGAGGGCCAUGCAAUAUGUUUACGGAGGCACAUCCAGACCCGGUGCUGCUCAAGAUGCCCGGCACAGAAGUCUCCGUCGCCAUGCACCUCCGCUUUUUUCCGGCAGAGUUCCUGAGACCUCGGUCACAUGCCGGCGGCAUUAGCAUUCGAAUUACCCUGUUAGCAGCACCACCCAUCUUGCAGCUGCCAGUCGUGUUCAGCGUGCCUUCCGGCUGCUUCUCCUUGUCCGGAGACAACGCAAAGGACACGAUUUUCCACAUCAGUCGCAUUGGAGACUGCACGGAGGUUUGCCUUUCAGACCCUCUUCGGAUAGUUGGCCGAUCGGUGUGGAAGGUUUCAGAAACUGGCAGAGAGGCAACUACCUUGGAUGAGUUGCGGCCCGACACGGACUGUCUCGUGGAUAUCCUAGCGCUGCGGCUUCGGGCCGGCGACGACAAGGUUAUUACGCUGCCCUUGGGAGACCAUACGAUUGUGUUGCGAUUGUGCUUGACAGUGCUACACGCGGAUAUUGCCCGGCCUGUCUUGGGGGUAUGCGUUCCGGCAUUGGAACCUGUGGAGGUGCUUGGUGGACAGGGUCCCGGGCCUUCGGGGCAUGGUCAGGUGGUCGGAAUCUUCGUGCAUGCGUUGGCAGUGCACUCGCCACAGGUAACCUGUUGUUUGCUCAGUGGGGGCCCUGAAGCGGCCUCGGCUUUUUAUCCUCUGCCACACGUCGGAGGCAAAGUAUUUGUGCCAGCACAGCCAGACGGCCGCGGCAAGGUGAACAUCCUGGCGUUCCUGCCAGAAUUCGGCUGUCUUGCUGCAGCACAGACGGCUGUUGGCGAUGGUUGCCUGCAGCUUCACUGCAAUAGCAAGAAGCUUUUGGCCAUAAACACGUGGCAUCUGGCAGCAGCGCAAAUGCAGCACAGGAGCUCCAUGGUGCGUCGACGCUGCUUGGCCAGCUUUUGCUUGGUGCUCUUUGCGGCGUUUUCCCAAUCGAGCUUCAGCUUCAUCAACCUGGGACUAAAGAUGCCAGGCAGGAUCAAAGCUUUGGUUGCCAGAGGGGCCGGCGAAGGUGCCAUUCUCUCUUGCGACACGAGGGAAGACUUUGUCGCAAACCUCAACGGCUCUUUGACGGUAGCAGCUGAGUUGCGAUCCAGAGUCGGAG